AUGCCGAAGAAGGGCGGGAUAAGGAAAGAAGAAAUUUGUGAAGAUUUCUGCUUCAAUUGCAAAGAUGGAGGAUACCUUAUAAUCUGUGACUACAAGAACUGUCUUAAAGCUUAUCAUCCCGAAUGUGUUGGGAAAGAUGAUGCUUUCAUGAAAUCUGGAAAGAAAUGGAAUUGCAGGUGGCAUUCUUGCUUCAUUUGCCAAAAGGCUUCGAAGUUUUAUUGCUUUUGCUGCCCGCAAGCUGUAUGUGGUCGGUGUCUCUUUGAUGCUGAGUUUGUUCUCAUCGGAGGGAAUAAAGGAUUCUGCCAGCAGUGUUUGAGCCUUGCGUUACUCAUUGAAAAUGGAUCAAAUGUUGAUUCAAAUGGGGUCCCAGUAGAUUUCAAAGAUAUAAACACAUAUGAGUGCCUUUUCUUGAGCUACUGGGAGAAUAUCAAGAAGAAAGAAGGCUUAUCAGGAAAAUGUGUUCAUUCUGCUGAUGACUUACUAAAGAAGGGUGAGAAUUAUAGGGGUGACUUGUAUUCUCUUGAAACUGGAAAAAUUGAAGAAAACAUUGGUGAAUCUGAAGGAGAUAGUCAUCUUCUAGUAUCUGAUUAUGAUGAUUUGGAGGAUGUCAAGGAAUGCAAAUCAGUUAAGAAAAGAAGUGCGUCCAAGAGACGGUCACGUGUCAGGAAUAGAAAAGCAAAAUCGAAGGAGUUUGUUGGAUGGGGAUCAAAAUCACUCCUGGAGUUCCUUGCUUUUGUUGGCAAAGACACAACGAAACAGUUGUCACAAUAUGACAUUACUUCCAUAAUCACAGAUUAUUGUAAAGAAAACAAGCUUUUUGAUCCAGAGAAAAAGAAGAGAAUUCUUUGUGAUGAAAAGCUACAAUCUCUCUUUGGAAGGAAAUGUUUGUUGAAGAAUAGUUUGAGUAAGCUUUUACAUGCCCAUUUUGCUGAAAAUUUUGAGCAAUCCACUGAUGAUGGGUUAUGGAGCAGUUCUGAGGAUACAGAUGAUAAAUGUAAAAGGCAAAGGAUCUCGGGCUCAGCUAGAGAAAAUCAAAAGACAAAAGCACAUAUGGAUGUGCCAAAAAGCUGUUUCGCAUCAGUAAGUGCUGAGAAUAUCAAGCUCAUUUACUUGAAGAAGAGUUUGGUGGAGGAACUGUUGAAGCAACCAGAAAGCUUUGAUAGCAAAGUUGUGGGGAGCUUUGUAAGAGUCAAAUGUAAUCCCAAUGACUAUUUGCAGAGAAAUUCUCACCAGCUCUUGCAAGUUAAAGGUGUCAAGUUAUCGAGUAAUGGACAUAUGAGUGCAGAAACUUCUUUGCAAUUUUUCAACUCUCCAGAAGAGUCCCCCAUCUGUAAGCUAUCAGACGAGAAUUUUACAGAGGAAGAGUGUGAAGAUUUGUGUCAGAGAAUUAAAGAUGGCCUGCUUAAAAAGCCCACCGUUGUGGAGCUUGACCAAAAAGCCAGAAGUUUACAUGAGGACAUUACUAAGCAUUGGAUUGCAAGGGAGCUGGCUCUUCUGCCGAAGCGAAUUGAACAGGCAAACGAAAAGGGAUGGAGGAGAGAGCUUUGUGAAUAUAUGGAUAGAAUGCAGCUGCUUAAUGACCCAAUAGAGCAAUCACGGUUACUAAACGACCUUCCACAAGUCAUUGCAGAGCUUGAACCUGAUGCUCAGGACUUGGCAAAAGAUGGACCUAAUAGCUCGGAUGAAUCACUGUCUUGGGAUUGGGAGUCUUCUCCACAAACUCCAAAAACCGAUAUGGGCAGCGGAAUAUUUUCCUGCCAAACUGAAACAAGAGAUGAGCAUAUCCACUCCAAAGGAUCUGUUUCGAAAGAACUGCCCCAGCAAUCUCAUUCUCCUGAAGUUGGGAAUGACAUUCUUGAAGGUGAGAGCCACGAUGCAGUUCUGGAAGUGAAUAGAAGUUGCAAAGAAUUGUUUCCAGAAGUUGUGAAAGAAAAAUGUCCAGCUUUUACUUCUGAAGGCCAAACCAAUCUCAAUAUUCUCGAGCAAAGUAAAAUUCAAAGUGCUUCAAAGGUUGAGGUUAUACAGCUGAGUGACAAUGAGCAGCUAUCUAAGGCUGAUCGAUUGGCAGAGGAUCUUGGAACAAGAGACAAAAGAAAGCAACCUAAAGGAUCUGUGUCUAAAGAAAACCGAAGGAGUUCAAAGGUUGAGAUUGUGGAAUUGAGCGAUGAUGACGAACGAGCCUGCAAGACUGAAACUGGACAUGAAACGCAUGAGAAUGCCAGUUCUUCAUUAUGGUAUUUUAUGAGUGCUCAUGGUUCCAGAGGGGGACCAUAUCGGCUGUCUUCGCUUAAGACGUGCUUUGACAAAAUGGACAAGGAUUUCAAAUUAAUGGUCUGGAAGGAAGGUCAGAGCAUUGAAGAUGCAAUCCUGCUGGAAGACGCUAUUCGCCAAAAUUUCCGAGAUACAUAGAUAAAGUAAGUACAGAAGAAAACCUUUCACU